CAAGCUCAUCACAAGCUCUCUGCUGCCGCCCCCACCAGCAAAGCAAGGCCCUCGAGUGACCGGGGCAGCGAUCGAGCGGCUUCCAACCAGGCAACAAGGGCGACGAAGGACGAUAUGGACAGGCUGAACGCGAAGCUGUACCUGCACAACUGCUUCAUCAUGAAGGAGAACGAGCGGCUGCGCAACAAGGCUCUGCUGCUCAACCAGGAGAACAAGGCCUUGCUCACCGAGCUCAAGCAGCGCGUCGCCAGAACGGCGGCGGCGGCGGCAGCGGCAGGCAACCACGCGCCAACGAUCCCGGACCUCAAUGCCGCCGCUCCUGCAGGGGCGCACGAGAAGCCGGCGGCGUCGCCCAAGCCAAAGAAGGCGGUCGCAAACUGACGCGCGCGGCUUAAUUAAUUAGUUCUAGGCACCAGCUAUAUAUAUAAGUUUGUAGUUAUCAUGCAUUAUUACCGGUCUUCUGGAUGCGUGUCAAGGACGUCUGCGCCUAGUUUUAGCUAAUGCUGGCUAAUGGAAAAAUUGCAUUGCAUGCCUGAGCGAGUGCUGAUCUCUGCAGGGAUAGCUAGAUCAUGUAGUGUAGGUUGUCUAAGCGCAUGCAGUGCGAAAAUAUCAAAUAGCCCAGCGACAAAGCAAUGGAACAGGGGCAAUCGUCAGGCUUGACAAUUCAGAAGGCUCCGCUAAAUGCUCAUUCGAGAUAGGCUCUUAAACAGCUGCACAAAUGGCAAGGAUAUGUAUGCUGCUUAAGUAAUACGCUUGCUUGUGCAGGUGCCCAUUGAAGCUAGCUCCAUGAGACUGGCAAACUGGCAACGCAAGCAGUAGUUUAUAGGAACAUAAAACUAACCUCC